AUGGAAUGCUGGCUGUUGGCGCUGUGUUCAAACACAGGUGCUGGAAGCAGACGGGCACGAGUUUGCAGUUUGCACACCGCGGAUAUUGUCAAGAGUGGUGCGCUGGACCUCGUCGUCGGCCGUGACGACGGCAACGUGGAGCUUUGGGGCCUGGGCGAUGCUGCGGCAUUUGCCUCGCAGCGCUUAGAGCAGGCUCCGACACCUUUGUGGGAGACCUGCUUGCAAGAAAGUAUCCAAUCCUUGAGCUCGGGUCACAUCACUGGUGGCGAUUACGUCGAAGUGGUCCUGGCUACAUUUGGUGGCAAAGUCUUAGCCUUCACACCGAGCGGCGCAGCUCGCGAUCCAACGGGCACGCACAUGGCACAACAAGAGGAGAAGGAGGAAGCCGGCUCAUCCUUGGUUUCACGAAUGGUCAAGGGCUCGAAAACAGCUGAGUCGGAACAAGCCGAACUGCGACACGAAAGGUCUCGCCGUUUUCAGGUCUUGGAGCAAGAGGUUGCCCGACUCAAAGCUGAGUCUGACAAGGCGAGGAAAGAGUACCAGAACCUCUCUUCUGAGCAGAUUGCGAUGCAAACAACCACAAAGGUGACGCAUAGGUUCGGCCUAGCAAGCGAGGAGGCCUGCUACAUCCUCACG